GGAUGUGCAGGGGAGGAAGAGGAGGGGUGAAGAACCCAGCUGCCGGAAGAGACUCACUCAGACUGAGAGGUGGCAGGUUGGCUCAGAAGCUGCCAUAGAUGAAGAGUUCUCUCCUGGUUAGUCAACACACACACACACACACACACACACACACACACACACAGACACACACCAUCAUGGGCCAGCUGUUCUCCUCAGAUGAAGAGUGUUCUCAAGUGAAGGACGCCCUCGGCUCCCUCCUCUUCGGCGCCAUGCUGGAAGGCGGCGCUGUGCCUGACCUGGGAGUUGUGCACCCGCUCCUCUUGGCCAAUCACCAGGAGGGCUUCGACCCCCAGGACCGCCUCCAGCAACAACUGCGACAGCUGCAGGGCGACAUUGGGAACAGGGCGCCCGCCUACCUGAGGGAUCUGAUUGGCAGAUUGACAACCUUCUCGGAUGAGCCGCGCCUGGCUGGAUUGGUGGGACUGGUGGUUACCAUGGUGAUGGAUAUGGCUUACACGUCAUCGAGACAGGCGUCGGGGGUGAAAGGGAAGUCAGCGGGGUCAUCGUCGGGCCAGCAGAGAGUGGGGGAGCUGCAGGAGGUGAUGGAGGAGUACCUGAAGCGCUGCAGGAUCAACCUGAGCGACAGGAACAAGCUGAUCCAGGACGCCGUCCGACUGGAGGGGCAGCUCAGCCUCACCCUCACCCAGCUGAAGACCUGUCUGCUGGGGGGGGACUGUGACUCCAGGUCUCUGAGGCACUGGGCCAGUGGAGCAGCGUUUCACACCCAGAUGUUGGUUCAACUGGCUGGACUGGAAGGUCGGGUGGAGCCCCGGGCUGCGAGGGCGGCGCUGGAGCAAUACAAGGAGGACCUCACACAGAUCAUACCUGCUUACAGGAGGUAUAAGUCCAACACGGUGUGUGUGGUGAAAUGUCGAGGGGGGGGUCUCCCUGCGUCAUGUGACCCCUCCAAUGAGAUGCCAGAGGACGGAUCCAUGACGGGACUCACUGUGACGGACAGAGAGACAGGAAAGAGUGUGACGCUGCCUCUGUCCACCUUGGAGACAGAAACAGGGAGAAGGAGGAGACCUGACGGUUCCUUUGUGACCUCGUCCAUGAACCUGGACCUGAUCACCUCAGAUCAAUACGCCCAGGUCUAUGUGGAGCAUCUGUUCUCUGCUGAGGGACCUGUGGCCGAGCUGCAGAGCUACUUCAACAAGGCCAGCGACCAUCUGCGAUCACUUAGAACUCAACCGGGAUCCACAGACCAGCCCGGGGUGAGGGACGGGAAAGAAGGAGGCGACGGGGGGGAACCUAAAGAGCAGGCGGAGGGAGGACAUGGAGAGCAACGAGUGGACCGGGCCAGAGGUGAUGAACAAGACAAGACCGAGAGGAGAGGAAGAGGAGAGGAGAUGAAGGAACUCGAUCAAAGAGAUGAAAGUUUGCAACUGAGCAUCACAGAGACGCAGCCGGAGGAAAGACUCGAUCAGGGAGCGUCAAGUACAUAAAAGCAAUGGACACUGGCCAGCCGCCAUAUUAAAGAUGUCAGUUCAGCACUGUAGAGGAAAUAAGAGAGGAACUCAGAAACCUUUUAUCACCGGGGAAGCAGAGGACUGAGGACGAGAUAGAGAGGCUGAGGGAAGGUGAAGAGCAGCUCUACUGCAGGAUGACAUCAGCUCUGUCCACAUAUGAACCCAAAUAGCUUUAUAUUUAAUAAGUUAACAUGUGAAGUCAGUAUAUCUGGUAAAUAUUUAGAAGAUGUCAGAAAAGUAUUUAUUUGUAAAGAAGCUUAAUACUCGACUCAAAGUGUGAGUCGCUCAUUUUCAGCUGGAAACGUUUUUGUACAUUUGCUCACAACUAUUGUACCAAGAAUCUUAUAGUUAUAACCAUAGACUGUAAAUAAAGAUGGAAGAAGCUUCGCCACUUCCUGCAAAAAUGAAGCUAGAAUACCUUGGAUGCGGGCGCCGCCAUCUUGCACUGGUAAUGACUUUAACUUGGACUCCCAGUGUCCGUGCUCCAGUCACACCUCUGACUCUCUGGAAAAGGUCACCAGCAGGACAACGACCUGUCCAUCACCUGCACGGGUCCAUCUCCCGCCUGUGUGUGUGGGGGGGGAAAGGACGUUCUGAGUGACAGGAGAGUCUGCACUUUCUGUUAGAGUGCGUCUCCCUCAGGAAGGUUGAAAAGAUGCUUUCUCUCUCGGCGUUCUGUUGCAGCAGGUGGGCGAGCGGCACAGGAAGGAGCUCUAAAGGGUGUAGCUGGCAGCGCUGUGUGGAUAACAAGCCAGUGUGUGUGGAUUUCUGCACGUGGGUGUGUUGGUGUGAGUGUGUGAGAGAGUCAGAGUGUGUGUGUGUGUGUGUGAUCACAUGCUUGUUGGUGUCUAAAUUUGAGAAAUAAAAAAUUGAGGAACAACAUGUGAAGAGACGUGAAAUAUUGUGUGUGAAUUAGAAGUGUGUGAGUUACUUAAAGAAAAGAGAUGAUGGAGAUGGUGUGUGUGUGUGUGUGU